AUGCUCGGGUGCAUCAUCAUGAGGGCGAGAUGCGUUAGUGGUCUGCUGCUCUUGUUUGUGCUUUUGGGAAGAACUACGGCUCAGCAGCCCACACCGACCAGGCCUACAUUUGCCUGUGGAGGCGAGCUGGUCGCGGACUCAGGUUUUAUUGGGAGUGAGGCCUUUCCAAACUUCUAUAAGCCCAACAGUAAAUGCACCUGGUACAUCACGGUCCCAAAGGGAAACGUAGUAACUCUGUCUUUCCGGAUCUUUGACUUGGAAGCUGACUCACAAUGCCGCUAUGACUAUUUGGAUGUUUACAAUGGUCACUCGCAUCUGGUACAGAAACUGGGGCGCUUCUGUGGGACAUUUCGACCCGGGAAUCUCAUCUCCACCACAAACACCAUGAUGCUGGAGAUGGUCAGUGAUGAAGCCACACAGGGAAGAGGAUUUGUGGCCUACUUUAGUGGUACCAAACCUUAUGUGGAUGAGCAGCAGACUUGCGGAGGAAAAAUCACCAAAUCCCAAGGAGAAAUCAUGACUCCCAACUGGCCCAGCGACAAGUACCCAGCAGGAACAAGCUGCUCCUGGCUCAUCACAGUGGAGCCUGACAUGGCGAUUCAAGUCAAGUUUGACAAGUUUGCCGUUGAAGCCGACACUUACUGCAGGUUUGACUAUGUGGCGUUCUACAAUGGCGGGGAGAGAGAUGACUCCCAGCUCAUAGGGAAAUACUGUGGAGAGAAAGCUCCACUGCCAAUCGUCACCAGUGGAAAUGUCCUCCUGGUCCAGUUUGUGUCUGACUCCAGCGUGACGUCAGAUGGAUUCUUGGUCCAGUACACCAGCUUCCCCCAGGGCUCUUCAGUGCCAUCACACCCAAAUACAAGAACUAUUCCUUUAGUGCCCAUAAUCAAACCUUACAUACCUACAGAAUCAGUCACAACGACUAAGGCACCAGUUCCCCCUCCUCUUCCCACUUUUACACCCAAACCAGUGAAGCCCACUAGAGGGCGCGGUUCAGCCUCAGCCCCGGUCACCAGGCCUAAUGGAAGGAAACCAGGCCCCCAGAACCCUCUCUGUGCCAAAGCCUGCAAAAGAGAUGGAAAUAUCAAGACUAGUUUCUGUUCAAGUGAAUUUGUCAUAACUGGAAAGGUCAACUCUCUGUCUCCUGGACCUCAUGGCACUGUCAACGUGGGUGUGUCCCUCAUCAAGGCGUACAAAUCGGGCCGCCUUGUCUUUUCCCAAGUAGGGGAGACCAUGUCUGUGAAGCUGCAGUCGCAGUGCAGAAAGUGCCCACUGCUCCGAAGAGGUUCUAAUUACAUCAUCAUGGGCCAAGUGGAUGAGGAGGGACGUGCUACACUGGCACCUGGUGCAUUCACGGCUCCCUACAAACCCCAGCAUCACAAUCUGUUAAUGAACAUCAACAACCAGCCCUGUUAG